GUUAAAUUUAUUUCUUCUAGAUGACACUAUUGAUCGACUUGACCUGAAGUAGCGAUGCUUCUUGUGUAAAACCUCAACAACUUUUUGCACAGUCUACGGAUAAAUUUUACCGACACUACUUACCAAACGUAAACAACAGAUAUAUCAAAAAUAUUUUAACUUUUUAAAAUUAAUCUCUUUAGUUAAUUUUCAAUAAAAAAAUAUCGUUAAGUAUUUAAAUAUAAAAUUUUCCAGAGGAACUGAGAUAAAGUGCAGCUGAUUCGCUGUUUUAAAAAAUUUUUAAAUUUUAUUUUUUUUUUUUUAAAUGGCACCACCGACUCAUCUUAUAUCUUGCAGUAUUAUUGAAAAAGAUCUAAACGGCGACACUUUAUGGACAUGGGCAUAUCCUUCGGUAACAGAUGAUCAGAAGACAAUUAUAACCCGCAAGUACAAUUUUCAGUCAGAGCACUGUAGUACUCAGUCAUUUGUGUUUUCGCAUUACAAUAAUGAAUGGUUUUAUAUAAAUUCCAGCGAAGUUUUCGAUACUGACAAAUUACCACGAGUAAAACAAUUUGCAUUAAUACUUUUCACAAAAGAUUAUAACCCGCAAAAAUAUGAAGUACUUUGUCGCGUAUUAAGUAAAAUGUACUGCAAAACUGGGAAUCCCGUAGAAAUACUUAAACUAUAUUUGUCUGUAUUCACCAACGGAUCAUGCACAACCGAAGAAAAUGGUAUCUACAAUUCCGAUGAUUACAAUCUUUCGCAUCUUAAUUCAGAUACAAAUAUCCGUGAUUUGAUAAAAACAUUUGAACUAGAAACAAUAUUAAUUUACAACGCGUUGUUGUUAAAAAAGCGCAUUGUUGUCUACCAUCACAGCUUGGAACAAUUGUUCAAGUGGAUCAGGACAUUUCCCGCGCUUAUGAAGCAUCGGGAUGUUACGGACAAUUUGAUACCGUGGAUCGAUUUAAAUGCAGAUGAAAUUCAGGAUUUGAAGAGCAACGCAUACUACAUUGCCGGCUGUCGCGACAGUGCAGUAGCGCUGAAACCAGAACUUUAUGAUUUACUGGUAAAUAUACCAGCCCGUGAAAUAACGAUAGCGCCACAUGCUAAAGAAAGCUUUAUUAUGACAAAAACUCAUAAAGAAAUAGCGUUGUUUAUGAUUCAGCUCUGCGAAAAAACUACCAGUGAAUUGCAGAUAACAAAUGAAAUAGCGGACAAAACUCAGGAUUUGUUGAACCAAUUAAAGAAUAUCGCCACUGUCGAUGACAGUGGCAAGAAAAUAUUAACCGUGCAAACUAUUCGCAACCGCAGUUUUCCAAUUGCUGUUGAGAAUUUUCUUGUCAACUUGGCGACUGCUGAACAAUUUUUCAACAAUUCGCUGUAGUAAAUUAAUAAAAAAGAUUGUAAAUUUUAUUUAUUGUUGCACAUAUU